AUGGCUGACCCUCCUUACGACCAGUUGCGCGAGCUGCAGUCAACUGAUUCCAGCGAAGCGCCGAACGACUCCGCCGAUCCGUUUCAGUAUCCUCAAAUCUUUGUUGAAACUUCAUUCGACACCCUCCUUCAUCAUUCAUAUCCCUCCCAUCCCUCCUCUUCGCAAGCCACGAUGAGGGAGGUGCACGGCCAACAAGGAACCGGCUCCUCGUUGAGUGAGAGCUGGGCUUCCAUCUCUGAUGCCGAGCUCUCUCAAGACGACGACCUCCGUUCAGAGAAGACAGACACAGGGUCACUCGUCGAUAUCCACAGUGCUGAUGACAUUCUGAGCGUGCGGGAAGAAGAUGCGUCCGCUGCAGACGAGGAGGAAGAGCCGGAGGAAGAGCCGGAGGAAGAAACUCCAUCCCCGCAUGAUCAUCCCUCCGCGCAGUAUACCUCACGCAUGGAGACAUCGGAGUGCACUCCUGCGGCUGGCACGUCGUUGACAGAGACCAGCUUGCUUCCCAAUCAUAUCACGCUAGACGAGCAUGACGCCAGUCUGGAUGGCGAGAACGUUUUUGUGCGCCACACCCUCGAAGUCUUCAAAUCAGCCGACCCGUUGGCACUAGGGUUUGAUAGAAGCGUGGUCCUGUCAGAGCCCAUUGGGAGCAUCCAGCUGGGCCUGAGCAAAUCGACGCUGCGGGACACUGGCCGACAAUCGCUGCGAAUGCUUAUGUUAGGCAAAGAUUACUUGCCAUCCCUUCGAAGCUCUGUUGUGGGCAAGAUUGCAGAUGCUUUGGUCGCCUCCGGAUCAGCGUUCGAUAAUAGCCCACCAAAUGCACCGUCUCGUUAUCAUGUUGUCCCCGAUUGUUUCGGCCCAGGUUCCACGCCCUCGACUGCCGAAGUGAUCCCUAUUGACUGCCAACUCGAGGUCGACAGCUAUCAGUCGGCCGAAUUUCUGGAUAGCAUGCACCAGUCGAUAGCCUUGUUCGAUGAGUCCUCCUCCAAAGUACUGCGGUCCGAAAGAUAUCACGAUGGCUUUUCUAUUCGAGGCCAGGAAGGAAGCAAGCCCGAUCUAGCUGUCGUUGUCGUUAGCAGCAAAGAUACCAGUGACCAGACGGAUAAGGUCUGCAUCAUGCUCAUUUUUGCCCAACGCCAUUCCAUUCCGGUAUUGGCCAUCACAGUUGAUGAAGACUGGAGCGCCGACUUUGUCCCUCUGGUGUUUGCGAAAUCGAGUGCGCAUAGGUGCAUCGAAGAUCUUCCCGUACGAAAGGGCGGUAUUUGUCGUCAGCUUCCACUGGAUCUGAAUACAUUGCUAAGCCUCAACCCCGCUCAACUCAGCCGCCACCUAUCGUACCUCGUAGACAGUCCAGGCAACGACAAGGAACGCAACCAGAAGCCAGAGAGGACGGACGUUCUGCUUUCAGACGAUGCCAGCUCUCGCAAAUACAUCCAGAAGCCUGUUCGGGUACUGGGUGUCUCAACCAUGUGGGAGCGAGUCAAGAGAUGCUCACCACUAAGUCCCAUGCUUCUGAUUUUGAUCUGUGCACUUCUUGUCAAUCAGUUUUGCGUUUCCCUGCUCGCUUACCAGAAAACUGGAUCAACAUUGGCCAACGACACUGUGGCUGUGCGCACGAGUGGCGUACCAACUUUAGCGAGCAGCCUUCUGAACACAAGCCGAACCGUCGUCGCCGUACCCACCGGCCUCGUUGACCCGCACGUACCAUUGACCAUUGAUGCUACCAAGUCAACGACCGGCAAAUUCGAGGUCGAAGUAGUGGGCAAUUCACAUCUGAUCGUGCGAACGCCACACGAGCCAAAGAAGACAAGCUUACUUGAUGUGAUUGUACUCAGAGACGAGGACCCUGUGCAAAUCGAAGUCAACCCUUUAUUCCCGUGUGUGUAUAGUGUGCACAUCACAAAGGAACAACUCUAUGGCAAGCUUGACAUUCAACUUGCCAUGACUCAUCCGCAUGUGGUCGACAACAUCAAGCUCGACCUCGGGCCACAGCCGCUAGACGUGUGGAUCAGAAGCAUGAUUGAGGAAACUGGGCAAAGUGUGCGGCAGUCCCUGAUCCGGCUCCAGGGUUCACUCCAGAAGCGUCAGUGGUCCGAGGGUCAGCAAAAGGUUAUUCAGCACGCGCAGGAUACUGGAUUCGCUUUGUCUCGGCAGUUUAAAGCUGGCCAGAAGCGACUGGACUUCUGUCGUGCCAGACUGGCAGCAUUUGACGCAAAGCGCGAGGCGUUCAACAGACGCAUGGAUGUUAGAGGAGCAGCGCUGCUGAAUAACUGGAUAGGCUCGCUCAAGCAGAGCAGAGCUAUCAACGACGUACUCUCAAAGGUCACUGCAGUGCGACACCGAAUGGACGGAUUUGAUUUGAGACAUCGAUUCCAGCAAGCUGCGCACAACUUGCACGACAAUAUGCAGUCAGACACUCUCGCAACUGCGCAGGAUCGAGCUCAACACAUUGUCAAGGAAUGGCGUCAUAGAAUGGGUCGUCGUCGCGGGCUUUGA